AUGUCCAGGCUUCAUGCACAAUGGACUGAGCAACUCAACUCUCUCACAAUGCUUUAUCUGUCUAUUAAGACAGCCAAUCCAACCUGUGCACCGGUGCAUUACCUAGAACCCCUGCCAGAUAGCAACUACGUCAAGAUAUGGUGUAUCGACAUCUUUGAUGGUCGUUUGCAUGAAUAUAUACCUUGGGGUGGGACAGACAACUGCAUGCAUGCGCUCUUGCAUGCCGGAUACCUUCCCCCAACGCCAACGGACCCUCAGGUGGCCUUCUCCCUGCGAACACUUGAUCUCCUCCACUCGCUUUUCUGGGUGGCAUCAAAUUUUGGUAUUCAGAGCUUUUCUCGAUUGCUCACUGAUAUGCACAAGACUGUAUUCCAGCAUCAUCUGAAAACACAACUUUCACUCGCAUUUGACAUGUAUUACCGCAUCUUGUCUCAACUGCAUGGGUUGGUUCAGCGAGAACUUGGACAUGAUGUACCGGAUCAUCGGCUCAAGCAUUCAUGCCCUGCCUGCCACUAUAAAGUUGAGAAUGAGCAAGAGCGCCCUGUUCAGUUUAUCAUAACUGGCAAUGGGAACACGUCCCUCUCAUGGCUUCAUCAUCACUUCGAGGUGCUCAAAAGCAUUCACGAUGGGGAGCAUCAAACAAAAGAGGACCCAUUGGUGUCAACUAUAUCGGAUGCCUGCUUGGCUUGGAAGAAUGCCCAGCCAAUCCCAUUGAAGUCAAAGGCUGGAGCUCUGCAAGUUAUGGAUGAAACAGGUAUUUUUUCAGUUGUUUGUCGGCAUGGGAUUGUGCAGUUCCUCGCUGAUAUGGUUCAAAGUGGAGAGCUAGCAAAAUACUCAUUGGCUUCUACUGAGAAGCUCAUAGGCAUGUUUGGAAAGAACAUAUUAUUUGCGUAUGAUGUUGGGUGCAUGUCAUGA